GAGGAAAAAGAAGGCAGAAAAUGCUGUGUGAAUAGAAUAUCGGCUGUUUUUGACAGUUGUGCUCAUGAAUAGAAACGAUUUUGCGCAAUAGCAAGUCACAUGGACGUUUUGCUGGUUUGAACACCGACAUCAACUGACAACUUAACAAUAUGCAAAUGCAAAAUACAAUUUCUGAAUUAUGGGCAAUUGCCAUUUGAUUCAAACAAUUCCCUUUGAUUUAUUAUGUUCUCAUGAAUUAAAAUGUUUCUCCAUUAUUAUGUCGCGUAUUUUCUAAAUGUAAACAGGUUUCAUUCGUGUUUAAUUUGUAUUUCGCAUUCAAGUGAAUUUUUAACUGAUGCUUUUCGCCGUAUGCUUCAACCCUGAGCUCCGACAACUGUCAACACAAUACGUCAUUGAAGAAGAAAAAACCGCGAAUUCUGGUUUUGGCUUUUCAAUCGCAUUUUCGAUCGUGUAUAGAGAGAGAUAUAUUGCAUAUAGCUAAAGGCAAUUUGAAACAUGGUGCAAAAUAAGUUCAAUUUAAUUGUUGCAGCGUGUGAAAACUCGGGCAUUGGGAUCAAAGGAAAUUUACCAUGGCGUUUGAAAAAUGAGUUGAAAUACUUUAACAAAAUGACAACAUCUACCGUUGAUCCAACGAAGAAGAAUGCGGUGAUUAUGGGUCGUUUGACGUAUUUUGGGAUUCCAGCCAGCAAACGACCUUUGCCCAAUCGAUUGAACAUCGUUUUGUCAAGUAAAUCGGUUGCAUCGGACUAUCCAGCCGAUGUUGUUCUCUGUACAAGCUUACAUCAAGCGAUGGAAAAACUUCUCGACACCAAUUUGGGAUCGAAUAUUGAAUCGAUUUGGAUUUGCGGCGGCUACAGUGUUUACAAAGAAGCAAUGGCUUCCGAUUACUGUCAUCGCAUCUAUUACACAGAAAUCAAGCAAAUGUUCGACUGUGAUGCAUUCUUCCCAGAUAUUCCGAGUUCAUUUAAGAUCGUUCCAAAUGGUGAGGACAUCCCAAGCGAGGAACAAGAAGAAAAUGGCCUGAAAUAUCAAUAUAAAAUCUAUGAAAAGCAAAAUCCAUGA